AUGUAUAGUAGUGCCCGCUCUGUUAGCAGAGGGGAUGCCAAUCAUGGUGGAGGAAGAGAUGGAGGUGGUGCUAGUAAUCAGGGGUCUGGUCGAUCGCCCAGACUGCCCCGCUCUCCUCGGAUGGGCCACCGCCGUACCAACAGCACCGGGGGAAGUGGUGGGGGUCCUGGAGGAGCUGGAGGCAAAACGCUCUCCAUGGAAAACAUCCAGUCCCUCAAUGCUGCGUAUGCCACAUCAGGACCGAUGUACCUGAGUGAUAAUGAGGUCGCCAUGGCAGGCGAUCAUAUUCCCAAAAGUGGUGGGACAAUGACGACCAUGGGAAGACAGAGGGUGACUUAUGGAUCCCGAGGCAGCAGUGGUGGAGUUGUAGCAGCUAGCACUCCCAAUAUCUCCACCUCAGUGCCUGCCAACGCUGUGCUGCCAGCAGGUAUGAUGGCGGGCGAUGCCCUGGCUUUUGGGGACCACCACAUGGCUUCCACCGUGCCCCAUUCGCUGAGGCAGGCCCGAGACAACACCAUCCUCGACCUGCAGGCCCAGCUUAAAGAGGUUCUGCGUGAAAAUGAGAUGUUGCGACGAGAAGGAGAAGUAAAAGAGAGCAAACUCAGCUCGUCCAUGAAUUCUAUCAAGACUUUCUGGAGCCCAGAAUUGAAAAAAGAGCGUGCUCUCAGAAAAGAUGAAGCCUCCAAGAUUUCUGUUUGGAAGGAACAGUACCGCGUUAUUCAAGAUGAGGCACAGCAUCUCCAGAUGACAGUUCAGGCUCUUCAGGAUGAGCUGAGGAUCCAGAGGGACCUCAACCAGCUCCUCCAGCAAGACCCGGCCAGCCAAGGAAGAGACUUGGCCCUAACAUCUGAACCUACGGAGGAGAACUAUCGGCGGCUACAUGGCGAGCAUGAGAGACAGGCAAAGGAGCUCUUCCUUCUGAGGAAGACACUGGAGGAGAUGGAGCUGAGGAUUGACACACAGAAGCAAACCCUGGGAGCCAGGGAUGAGUCCAUCAAGAAACUUCUGGAGAUGCUGCAGAGCAAAGGCAGGUUAAGAGACUGUCCUUCUGCCAAAGCAUCAGAGGAAGACCAGGAGAGAACCAGGAGGCUGGCUGACGCAGAGAUGCACAGGCAUCACCUUGAGAGUUUACUGGACCAGAGAGACAGAGAGAUUACUGCUCUGAGAGAGGAGCUGCACCGUCGAUACGAAGGGACCCCUGAGUCAACCAAAACAAAGGCUCUACAGACUGUUAUUGACAUGAAGGAUGCAAAAAUCAACUCAAUGGAGCGCGGCCUGAGGGACAUGGAGGAGGAGCUGCUAAUGCUGAAAUCCAAUGGACUUCUGAGCUGUGAGGAGCGCCAAGAGGAGAUGAAGCAGAUGGAGGUGUACCGCAGUCACACCAAGUUCAUGAAAAACAAGAUGGAGCAGGUGAAGCAGGACCUCUCCAGGAAGGACACUGAGCUGCUCGGUUUGCAAACCAAACUGGAGACGCUAACCAACCAGUUCUCAGACAGCAAGCAGCACAUUGAAGUCCUAAAGGAGUCGCUCACUGCCAAGGAGCAGCGCGCUGCCAUCUUACAGACAGAGGUCGAUGCUUUACGCCUGCGCUUAGAAGAAAAAGAGGCAACCCUGAACAAGAAGAGCAAGCAGAUUCAAGAAAUGUCAGAGGAGAAGGGGACCCUGAAUGGUGAAAUCCACGACCUGAAGGACAUGCUGGACGUCAAAGAGCGCAAAAUUAACGUGCUGCAGAAAAAGAUCGAGAACCUGCAGGAACAACUGAGGGACAAGGAGAAGCAGCUGAGCAGCCUGAAGGAGAGGGUGAAGUCCUUGCAGGCGGACACCUCCAAUACUGACACAGCUCUCACCACACUGGAGGAGUCACUUGCAGAAAAAGAGCGCAUCAUUGAGCGUCUAAAGGAGCAGCGAGAUAGAGACGACCGGGAGAAGACAGAGGAGCUCGAUUGCACGAAGAAGGAGCUGAAAGAGUUCAAGGAAAGACUGAGUUUACUGCAGGGAGACCUGUCAGACAGAGAGACCUCUCUGCUGGACCUUAAGGAGCAUGCGUCGUCCCUGGCAUCCUCAGGACUGAAAAAAGAUUCCAAACUGAAGAGUCUGGAGAUCGCCUUGGAGCAGAAGAGAGAGGAGUGCCUAAAACUGGAGAACCAACUGAAGAGAGCUCAGAAUGCAACCCUGGAAGCUCAGGCCAACACUGAGCUGGCUGAACGCAUUAAAAACCUGGAGCAGGAAGUGGUUCGCCACAAAGAGGAUUCUGGGAAGGCACAAGCUGAGGUUGACCGCCUCCUCGAAAUACUUAGGGAAAUGGAGAAUGAGAAGAAUGACAAGGACAAAAAGAUCAACGAGCUGGAGAGGCAAAUGAAGGACCAGACUAAGAAGGUGGCAUCACUUAAACACAAGGAGCAGGUGGAGAAGAGCAGGAACGCUCGACUAAUGGAUGAGGCCCGGAAGAGGGAGGACAACAUGUCGGAAUCUUCCCAGCAGGUGAAGGUGAGGCCCGGGCCGGAAACCGUCUGCACGCAGCCUUCCCCGAUUCUAACGAGGAGCCUUUCUGCUGCUUUUAAGGACACUCUUCGUCAGAAGACGGAGCGCAUAGAGGAGCUGGAGGAGGCUCUGAGAGAGAGCGUUCAGAUCACAGCCGAGCGAGAGAUGGUGCUGGCACAGGAGGAGGCAGCCCGCACCCUGCAGGAGAAACAGAUGGAGGAGCUGCUGGGUGCCAUGGAGAAAGUGAAGCAGGAGCUGGAGUCCAUGCGGGCCAAACUGUCCUCCACCCAGCAGUCUCUGUGUGAGAAAGAGGCCCACCUGACAACCCUGCGAGCAGAGCGGAGGAAACACCUGGAGGAGGUGCUGGAGAUGAAGCAGGAGGCGCUGCUGGCCGCCAUCAGCGAGAAGGACGCCAACAUUGCCCUGCUGGAGUUGUCCUCCUCUAAGAAGAAGAAGACCCAGGACGAGGUGGCUUUGCUCAAGCGGGAGAAGGACAGACUGGUGCAGCAGCUCAAGCAGCAGACUCAGAACAGAAUGAAGCUGAUGGCAGACAACUACGAAGAUGAGCAUCUGAAGACCGCAGCGGACCAGACAAAUCACAAACCCUCUCCAGAUCAGAUGAUAGCCCCUCUUCUAGCCUUGUCCCAGAACCGCAGUAAGCUCAAACUCUACAUCGCCCACCUGACUGACCUUUGCCACGACAGAGACCCCAGCAUCCUCGGCCAGCUCACGCCACCCUCUCACUAUCACCACGGCGACCCUGAAGACUGGGAGGAGGAGCUCCAGAAGAUGAGUGUGGAACAGUUGGAGCGGGAGCUGGAGGUGUGUGAGAAGGAGAGCGCCGAGCUGCAGGAAUACGCCAACUCAGUUCUCCAGCAAAUCGCAGACUACUGCCCUGACAUUCUGGAGCAGGUCGUCAACGCGCUGGAGGAGUCCUGCUGA